GGGAGACUUCUAAAUGAGGGCACACAUGUAUGGCUCUCUACAAGGUGAUCGGUGCGGUGGCUCUGCUGACUCUCCUGACACACGAGUCUCACUCACAACUAGAUGUGUGCGGUAUAACUCGGCUCAACACCAGGAUUGUUGGAGGACAGAACGCCCCUCCGGGUAACUGGCCCUGGCAAGCCAGCCUGCGAACAUCUGGGAGACACUUCUGUGGAGGAUCCCUCAUUAACAGUCAAUGGGUGGUGACUGCUGCUCACUGCUUCUCAAGCAUCCCAGCCAGUCUGACUGUGUCUCUGGGUCUCCAGAGUCUACAGGGACCCAACCCCAAUGGGGUGUCUCGGACAGUAACAAAGAUCAUCGUAAAUCCUAACUAUAACGCCAUAGCUAAUGACAACGACAUCUGCCUCCUGCAGCUCUCCUCACCGGUGACCUUCACAGAUUUCAUUGUUCCUGUCUGCCUGGCAGCUCCAGGCAGCACCUUCUUCAGCGGCGUUAGCUCCUGGGUGACCGGCUGGGGCAACAUUGCAUCCGGAGUUUCCCUUCCUGCCCCAGGAAACCUAAUGGAGGUGAAUGUGCCAAUCGUGGGGAACAGAGAGUGUAACUGUGACUAUCGUGUGGGCUCAAUCACAAACAACAUGAUCUGUGCCGGGUUAAGUGCUGGAGGGAAGGACUCCUGUCAGGGGGAUUCAGGUGGUCCGCUGGUGAGCAAGCAGGGCAGCCGCUGGAUCCUGGGGGGAAUCGUAAGUUUUGGAAAAGGUUGUGCCCUGCCUAAUUUCCCAGGAGUCUACACCAGAGUGUCCCAAUACCAGUCCUGGAUCAACAGCCAGAUCACCAGCAGCCAGCCGGGCUUUGUCACCUUCACGUCCACUGGAACUGACAGUGACCUCAGCAUCAGCUGUGCUGGCCUGCCACCGCCUCCAACCACCCUCCCUCCAACCACCACAACCACCCUCCCUCCAUCCACCCUCCCUAAAACCACUAUAACCACCCUCCCUACAACCACCCUUCCUAAAACCACUACAAGCACCCUCCCUAAAACCACUACAAGCACCCUCUCUACAAGCACCCUUUCUAAAACCACUACAACCACCCUCUCUACAAGCAUCCUCCCUAAAACCACUACAAGCACCCUCUCUACAAGCACCCUCCCUAAAACCACUACAAGCACCCUCUCUACAACCACCCUUCCUAAAACCACUACAACCACCCUCCCUAAAACCACUACAAGCACUCUCUCUACAACCACCCUCCCUAAAACCACUACAACCAGCCUCUCUACAACUUCCCUCCCUAAAACCACAACAAGCACCCUCUCUAAAACCACUACAACCACCCUCUCUACAACCACCCUCCCUAAAACCACUAAAACCACCCUCCCUACAAGCACCCUCCCUAAAACCACUAAAAACACCCUCUCUACAAGCACCCUCCCUAAAACCACUAUAACCACCCUCCCUACAACCACCCUUCCUAAAACCACUACAAGCACCCUCCCUAAAACCACUACAAGCACCCUCUCUACAACCACCCUCCCUAAAACCACUACAAGCACCCUCCCUACAAGCACCCUCCCUAAAACCACUACAAGCACCCUCUCUACAAGCAUCCUCCCUAAAACCACUACAAGCACCCUCUCUACAAGCACCCUCCCUAAAACCACUACAAGCACCCUCUCUACAACCACCCUUCCUAAAACCACUACAAGCACCCUCUCUACAACCACCCUUCCUAAAACCACUACAACCACCCUCCCUAAAACCACUACAAGCACUCUCUCUACAACCACCCUCCCUAAAACCACUACAACCACCCUCUCUACAACUUCCCUCCCUAAAACCACUACAAGCACCCUCUCUAAAACCACUACAACCACCCUCUCUACAACCACCCUCCCUAAAACCACUAAAACCACCCUCCCUACAAGCACCCUCCCUAAAACCACUACAAACACCCUCUCUACAAGCACCCUCCCUAAAACCACUACAAACACCCUCUCUAAAACCACUACAACCACUCUCUCUACAAGCCCCCUCCCUAAAACCACUACAAGCACCCUCUCUACAAGCACCCUCCCUAAAACCACUACAAGCACCCUCUCUACAACCACCCUUCCUAAAACCACUACAACCACCCUCCCUAAAACCACUACAAGCACCCUCUCUAAAACCACUACAACCACUCUCUCUACAACCAACCUCCCUAAAACCACUACAAGCACUCUCUACAACCACCCUCCCUAAAACCACUACAAGCACCCUCUCUACAACCACCCUUCCUAAAACCACUACAACCACCCUCCCUAAAACCACUACAAGCACCCUCUCUAAAACCACUACAACCACCCUCUCUACAAACCACCCUCCCUAAAACCACUAAAACCACCCUCCCUACAAGCACCCUCCGUAAAACCACUACAAACACCCUCUCUACAAGCACCCUCCCUAAAACCACUAUAACCACCCUCCCUACAACCACCCUUCCUAAAACCACUACAAGCACCCUCCCUAAAACCACUACAAGCACCCUCUCUACAACCACCCUCCCUAAAACCACUACAAGCACCCUCUCUACAAGCAUCCUCCCUAAAACCACUACAA